UCUUUUGGCCAAGCAAGCGAGACCUGCAAAGAUGGCCGCCGGUUCCGGAGCUGCGAGCGGCCACGGAGCCCGCAGCUCCAACGCCGCGUUGGAAGCCUCUCUAGAUCGCCGCUUUCAAGGAAUAUCUAACACAAUGGAGUCCAUCCAGAGCAUCUCCGGUUGGUGCAUCGAGAACAAGAAGCAGAGCGGCCUCGUCGUGCGCUACUGGAUGAAGUGGCUGAAGAAAUCUGACAACAAUCAUCGGUUGAAUCUCUUCUACCUUGCCAAUGAUGUCAUUCAGAACUGCAAAAGAAAGAACGCGAUUGUGUUCCGUUCCGCCUUUGCUGACGUUCUCCCCAACGCCGCCCUUCUUAUCAAGGACGCAAAGGUGCGCAAGUCUGUGGAAAGGAUCUUGUCAAUCUGGGAGGAGCGCAGCGUGUACCCUGAGGAGCUCCUCACCCAGUUGAAAGCCAAUUUGAACAAGAAGGAAAAAGAUCGAGAGAAGCAGAAGGAAAAAGAAAAGGUGAAGGAAAAGGAAAAAGGAAGAGAAACGCCACCCGUGACUGCCAAGACCAAAGCUGCAAUCAAGUCCAAGAUCGUUGAAGAGUUUGCCCCCAGCUCGCUUAUAGAGCAGCUGUCAGGAUACAAGCAGGCGGUUGCAGAAGAGGAGUUUCGGGAGAAGCAGCUCACGGCUCUCCGGUUGGACAUUUGCAGCACGGAAGCGCUCAAGAGGCUGAAAGACAAGGCGGGAGGGAACAAGUUCGCCAAGGACUUUGAGGACGGCUGUCAGAAGCUGCAGGAGUUUGUUGGCUUCCUGGAGGAGGAGUUGAAGACGGGGCCCCCCCUGCUGGAGGCUUUGGAGAACGCAGACAUCUUCUACGAGACGCAGUACAAGGAGGUCAAGAUUGUGGCUAAUGCAUACAGUGCUUUUGCAAACCGUGUAGCCAGUCUGAAGAGGAAACUGGAUUCCCUCAAGUCGACCCUACCCGGGCCCGAAGACUCGCCCAUCCCCUCCCCGUCCGAAGAUGCUCCCUCCCCUACCGGCUCAGACUCCCCCCUCCUGGGUACGGGUGCCGCCAGAGCGCAGGUGGACCCGGAGCUGGACGGCAAGGCCAUGGAUGAAGGGGACCUGCCGAGCGACAGCAGGGAGGACAUGGACGUGUCUGACGAAGAGGAGCGCUCUUCUUUAACACUUGCAGGUGGCAAGACGGGCGAGAUCUCCCCUACUGACGUCAAGUUGGAUGCAGAUUCCAAAACUCCGACCACACCUACCAAAGCUUCAAAGGCUAACACUGCUUCCACGGUAACCCCGGCCACACCCACUUCUGCCUCUCAAACGCCAUCCACUCCUCUGGGAGUCAACAUGGCCAAGGUGGACCUUGGAAAGAUCAGCUCCAUCCUCAGUUCACUCACGGGAGCCAUGAAGAACACAGCAGGGAGCCCCUCAGCCCGGCCAUCUCCAGGAACAGCCAGCACCCCUUCGACCCAGUCCGCGGCCUCCAAAGCCACUCCGACAAGCCCCGCUCUUGCUAGUAUUUUGUCACGUGUUGACAUCACACCCGAAGGCAUACUGAGCGCCCUGUCCAAAAAAAAAACACCAGCAUUGUCGUCUCUCCUGCACACUGUGACCAACUCUGCUCAGCCCACUCGAGCUUCCCCAGAAAUAGCAGCCGCAUCGUCAUCAGCAGCAGCGAAGCCUCUGAAACCUAAAUCCACCGUGGGAAACAGUCUCAAGCGAGACACGCCAAGCAGGAACAGAGUCUGGGAGAAGGACCGUCAUCUGUCCCCGCCUCCCCCACCCCAUCCUCCCCGCCUUGCCGCCGCAGUCUCUCCUCCCAGCCUCGAAUCCAAAAUCAACAGUUUCUUGCAGGGUAAUCCCGGUUUCACACUGGCUUUAGGUGACACCAGUCCCGAACGCGUGGACGGAACGCCGGUGCGUGACGAGGCUGCCGGUACCCCAACCCAAGACGAGAUCAUGGAUGCGCCCGGGAGCGUGGCCGAGUCUUUAGGGUCUUCUGGCAGCAACAACCUUUCACCCACGGCGUAUCGCAGUGAACCCUGGGACGCUGUGAUCACGCCGUCGGGAAGUAACAAUGACGGCGACUUCGCCUCCCAGCGGUACGGAGGUGCGAAAAGGAGCGACGAAACUAAGAGGAAGCAGAUGGCCUCCGCACCCAGUAAGGAGCUCACUAAGGCGAAGAAAGAUGCACAACACAGCCAGGCUGCGAUGGCAGGAGGCAACGCCAGGGCGAAGGGAGAUCGGCGGCUCUCAGCCGCCUCUCGAAAAGCAAGCACGGGCUCCGAAGAAGGAGGUGCGAUCGGGAAAAGAGAGGACAAGCUCAAAGGUGGACAGUCGCCAGGUAGGGACGCCAAGGACAGCAGCGGGGGCUACCAUCGCAUCGAGACCCUCGUUUCCCCCUGUACUGAGGGUGCACCCAUUGAGACGGUGGGCUAUUCUAACCAGCCCACCGCAGGGGAGAGAAUCAAGACGGUGGAGAGCAUCCGCGUGAUUGGACGAGACUCUCGGCGAGGGGGAGGGGCCGGCGCUCGCUCCGGCGCGUCAAUGUGGUACGAAGAGGAAGAGUACAUGGAAGCCCAUUCUGCCUCGCCCCAUGCCAUCUCCCUCCCUCUUAGCGUCGGCCAGGGAGGAAGCGGCGACAUGCCCCCCGCCAUGCCGCCCCCGCCCCAUCUCCUCACUCACCCCCCUCCUCCUCCUCCCAUCCCCCACCCUCUCCCUCCUCCGCCCCCACCGCAAAUUCCCUUCCAAAUGCUUUACCAUGGUGAUAGUCUGCAGACUCCUCCCCCUUCCCACCUCCUACACCCGCCUCUUCCCUCACCCCAUUUCUUUGGCACGCCCCCCACUAUACCUCGACCUCCCCCGCCUCCCAUGUCUCCCUCAGGGGUCAUGGUCGGUGGAAUUUGCGUACCUGUCGACCGGAUGCAAGCCGGUCUGCCCCCGGGCAGACAUGACGGUGUGGAGCGAGGAGGCCUGAGGGGCAGCAGGUCCUCACCCCGUCCACUCCUGUCAUUGUUGGGCGAGCCUCCCAAACUGCCUCGUCCCGGCACGGUGAAAGAGCCUUUUGCCGCCCACCAUACACCCCCGAUCCACCGCCCGGGCGCACCUGGUGCCCCUCCACCUCUCCUUGGCCGGGUGAAGGAGGCCCCAAAUCUGCAGCCUCCGCCCACGUCUCCUUCGACACCAACGUCCCCCGCGGUCGAAGGCGCGCCCGCACGAGCUCUGGCUCAAUCCGCCGCACCUCCUGGGCAAAACCCCCCAGCUAGUCCAAGUGGGCAGCCCCGCAACCACCCUCCCAGUCCGGUGCCCCUCCUGGCGCUGCCUACUCAAAGGCCCCCCAUGCUGUCGGUCCCCAACCCGCACAGACCUCCGCAGCGAGGCCAGCACGCGCGACACUUUAACGAGCCAGGCGGCGGGAGGUUCCGCGGCAGCAAGCGUCCUGGCCCUCCCUUCACAGGCGGCCCCUUCCACGGCCAGAAGAGACCCUUCCAACCGCCGCGCUACUGAAGUGGUCCAGUUUUGUGACGUGCUGAGAUGAGAGAGGGAGCGCAAGCCACAACGCUAGCCUAAACCCACCGCAGUGUGUGUUUGCCUUGCUGGUAUGAGCCGAGGUUUAUUUCCCUACUUUGAAUCGUAACACUUGUGUGUAAAUAGUCAAUUAAAUCUUCAAGGAAUGGUUAGUGAACCGUGUUGUAUAAGCUUAUCUGCAGACUCACUUUGGCAUCCUCAACGCACAUGAGGAGCGUCGAGCUCAAACUAGCAUAGAUGCUACACAUCAUUUUUAACUCCUUACACUUGUCAUACAUUUCAUGAAAGGUCUCUCUUACUUCACAGGAGGGGGGGGGGUGUUAUAUUCCAAAUCAUAAAACACGACUUGUUCCAAAGUUGCUUUUCCUCUCUGAACGCUUGAAUGUGUGCACUGUCCUCCAACGGUGUUUUGAAGUGAGUUCCUAGAAUUUCCUGAUGUGAAUAACCCUUGUCUUCUCACAUUACAAAUUUUCACUUCCAGACUGUCCCUCCCGACUUUGUAAUUCUAAGCUUGUAAAUAUAAACGAGUGACUGACUGCUUUUUUUCCCCGCUCCCCCCUCUUCCAACUCUUGUAAAUGAUGCUCACUGCUGCAGCCGGUCGUUAGUGUGACCGAGGCCUUGGAAACGCUCAUUUAGCUCCAAAUGUCUGUUUUAUUUGUUCAUUUUUGUUUCUUUUUAAUCCAGCACAUGGAAACAGAGGAAAUAAUUCUGUAUUUUAAUUAGGGAUGGGCAUACUAGUCAACGAGUCAUCUUUCUGCUUGAACACCGAUGUGUUGGGAAAUUGAGCUACAUUGAUGCAAUCACCCCAAAAUAACUCCCUUUAUAAGCUAUCAGAUUUUUUUUAAUCUUCUGUUUAAUACCCCCCCCCCACACACACACACACACACACAUACACACAACUGAGUAUAUGUACUCAAAUGCUCAUCCCUAAUUAUAAUUUCCAACGUACUGUGGUGCCUUGAGAUACGAGUGACCCGACUUGCAAGGUUUUCAAGAAACUGGUCGCCUUUCGGACAAACGGCAUUUUUGUAACGAUUGAACAAUUCAUCAGAAAUGAGGCUUCAAGAUGCCUCGUGCCACUCCCAGUUGGAUUUUACUGUCAAACUCGGCAUAAAACAUAGACGAUACCUGUACAUAACUGCUUGAUGAAUCUGCCUAGCUUUGCGCUAACGUGAAAAACACUAUUUACAUGGUUGCAAUUUUAGGAACCUCAAAGCAAUGCGUAUUUAACAAAUGGAGUAAAACAUUUAGACGGAUCCUGUCAUGUUCGUUGAAAAAUGAUGAUGGCAUUUUGCUGUGUACCUCAAAGGUACAUUUUUCACAUCUGUAUUGUACUGUAGUGCCUCCGGUGGCCAAGGUGGGCACUGCAGAAGCAGCAGCCAAAUUGGAUUGUUGAGUGCAAAAUGAUGCACAAACUGAAUUCAUUACUGUAGUUAUUACUAUUAUGUGUUUUUACAAAUCACAAUAUUAAAGACUGCUAUUUUUCCUU